CCCAAAUGAUUCGCGGGAAAAAGUAAAAAAUGGCGACUAGCAGAGUUUGAACUUUAGCGCCUGUACACAUAUUUGCAAGAAGAGACAACUCCUCGCUAAUGGAACGUUACUCAACAGCAACAACAAUAUUUCGAGUUUUAUCGAACCUGGGUUGGAAGUUUAUCAAGGGGGAAGUGUUGUAGUGUGUGGACAGCCCAGCUGCAGCAUGUUGGAGUCAGCAUACAGAGAUGACUUCUGCAGUGUGGAGCCGAAGAAGGGGCUGGAUGCCAAGCGUCUACCCCAGAAGAGGGAGCGGAGCUUCACAGAUCUGGAGAGCAGCCUGACCGUGGGCCAGUAUGUCCUGUGUCGAUGGUCUGAUGGCCUAUACUACCUGGGGAAGGUCCAGAGAGUGAGUGCCUCCAAGCAGAGCUGCUUUGUUACUUUUGAAGAUAAUUCAAAAUUCUGGGUUCUCUGGAAAGACAUCCAACAUGCUGGAGUUCCGGGGGAGGAACCCAAAUGCUCGGUUUGUUCUGAAAUGGUGCUGGUGUCUGACAAUGAGAUCCUGAUAUGUGGGAAAUGUGGAAUAGGUUACCACCAGCAGUGCCACCUGCCAGAGGUGGAGAGCUCAAUGGAUUUGUCACCAUGGUUUUGCAGGAGGUGCAUCUUUGCUUUAGCUGUGCGGAAAGGGGGAGCUCUCAAAAAGGGCGCUAUAGCAAAAGCACUGCAGGCCAUGAAGCAGGUGCUUACCUACAACCCAGCAGAGCUGGAGUGGGAUUCUCAGCACCGCACAAAUCACCAACAGUGUUAUUGCUACUGUGGAGGACCUGGAGAGUGGUACUUGAAGAUGCUGCAGUGUUUUCGGUGUCAACAGUGGUUCCAUGAGGCCUGUAUCCAGUGCCUACAGGAGUCCAUGAUGUUUGGAGAUAGGUUUUACUUGUUCAUCUGUUCCGUGUGUAAUAAAGGACUGGAGUAUAUUAAGCGCCUGGCUCUCCGAUGGGUGGACGUGGUGCACUUGGCACUUUACAACCUGGGAGUCCAGAGUAAGAAGAAGUACUUUGAGCUGGAGGAGAUCCUUAACUUUGUCAGCAACAACUGGGAGCAUUUCCAUUUGGGCAAGCUCUCCAAUACUCCUCCAACAGAAAGAGGCCAAUAUCUCCUUGAUGCUCUGAACAACUACAAGAGCAAGUUUCUCUGCGGGAAGGAGAUCAAGAAGAGGAAAUGUAUCUUCCGCCUGAGGACACGCGUUCCACCGAACCCUCCCUCCAAACUCUUUCCUGAGAGGGCCCAAAACGAGGGAUGGAGAGGACGAAAGAAAGGCCCAGACAGGAACAGCUCUCUCCCAGCAGAGAAGAGGAGGAAGAAAAGGUCGAAAUGGUUGCUGGAGGACGCCAUUCCCAAUAAUGACCUGACCUCAGCCUGGAGCACCAACCAUCAUAUGGCCAACAUCUUUGACUUCACAUUGGACGAGUUACAAAGCCUCAAAAGCACUAGCUCGGGGCGGACCUUCAGUCUUGACCUGGACUCCACAGACGCUGCCAGCACCUCUGGGUCCGCCACCACCAGUGUCUCCUACGACUUCAGGAAGAAUGUUGGCAGUCGUAAGAGGAAGCUGCCCACCUCUAACUAUACGGUGCUGGCCACCAAGAAGGAGGUGGUGGAGAGCGAGCUGAGCCCCAUGGAGCUGAGCCUACCAGGAGAGGAGGCUGCCUCCGCGAUGCUGGACAACGCGAUCGACAGCCACACCUUUGACAGCAUCAGCGAGGAUGACUCCUCCCUCUCCCACCUCAAGUCGUCCAUCACCAACUACUUUGGGGCGGCGGGGCGGCUCACCUGCGGAGAGAAGUACCAGGUGCUGGCCCGCCGGGUCACUCCAGAGGGGAAGGUGCAGUAUUUGGUGGAAUGGGAGGGCACCACUCCCUACUGACCUAGCCGGCCAGACCGGCUGGCUGCUGCAGUCAGGAGGUAUCGCAGAGGAAGGGGGAGUAAUAGGCAAGAUCGGCCGAGCAAGGCCUACCUGGUUGUACUCGUUUAUUUUUUUCAUGUUACUUUCUCUUGCCCUACAGUGCUAUCUUAAUUUCAGUAUAUAAUAUUAUUUUGGGUAUAUUGAACCAAUUUGGUAGUGUCCUCUUGAGCAUCAUGAAUAGUAACAAAGCCUGAAAAACUGUGUUCCGAAUGCUAGUUUGAAUAGGUUUGUGAUGGUAAAGAUAACGAAAGAGUUGGCUCAGAGUUCCAAGAUAGAACAAUACCACUGAUUCUAAAGGAUGGGAGCAAAACUGUCGGAAGAACACUACUAAAACACGGACUCUGUGUCCCUAAAUUCAACAAUAUUCUGCUCUAUUAAUAGUUUUUCCACAGUAUUUUUGAAAACGUCCUGUUUAGAAUUAUUUCACAAUAACAGCAAUAUGCCAUAUCUAUGCCACAUUUACAGAGCCUUCAGAAAGUAUUCAUGUCCCUUGACUUAUUCCACAUUUUGUUCUGUUACAGCCUGAAUUCAAAAUGUAUUGUUUCCACCCAUCUAUACACAAUUACCCCAUCUACACACACUACCCCAUGUUGCAAAUGUAGGGAAAAUGAAAUACACAAAUAUCUAAUUCACUUAAGUAUUCACAGCCCUGAGUCAAUACUUUGUAGAAGCACCUUUGGCAGCGAUUACAGUUGUGAGUCUUUCUGGUUAGGUCUAAGCGCUUUCCACACCUGAAUUGUGCAACAUUUGCCCAUUUUAUUAUUUUCCAAAUACAAGCUCUGGAAAUUGGUUGUUGGAUCAUUGCUAGACAACCAUUUUCAGGUCUUGCCAUAGAUUUAAAUCAAAACUAUAUCUUGGCCGCUCAGGAACAUUUGCUGUCUUGGUAAGCAACUCCAGUGGGCUAGCUAUGCCACUAGCGAUUCUGGGUUCGAGUCCUAGGCUCUGUCGCAGCCAGCCCUGUCCGGGAGACCCAUGGGGCGACGCACAAUUGGCCCAGCGUCGUCCGGGUUAGGAGAGGGUUUGGCGUGGAUGUCCUUGUCACAUCGCGCACUAGCGACUCCUAUGGCGGGCUGGGCGCAGUGCAAAAAAAAAAAAGCUACUCCAGUGUAUAUUUGGCCUUGUGUUUUAGGUUAUUCUCCUGCUGAAAGGUAGAUUUGUCUCAUGGUGUCUGGUGGAAAACAGACUGAAUCAGGUUUUCCUCUAGGAUUUUGCCGAUGUUUUAGCUACAUUCCGUUUCUUAGCCCCCCAGUCCUUAACAAAACAAAUUGAUUGGAGAAGAUUUGGAAAGGCAUACAAGUGUCUAUAUAGGGCCCCACAGUUGACAGUGCAUGCCAGAGAAAAAACCAAGGCAUCAGGUCGAAAGGAAUUGUCCAUAGAGCUCAUAGACAGGAUUGUGUCAAGGCACAGAUUUCGGGAAGGGUACACAAAACAUUUCUGCAGCAUUGAAGGUCUCUAAGAAAACAGUGGCCUCCAUCAUUCUUAAAUGGAAAAAGUUUGGAACCACCAAGACUCAUCUUAGAGCUGCCCGCUCAUCCAAGCUGAGCAAUCAGGGGAGAAGGGCCUUCGUCAGGAAGGUGACCAAGGACCCAGUUGUCACUCCGACAGAGCUCCAGAGCUCCUCUGUCGAGUUAGGAGAACCUUCCAGAAGGACAACAAUCUCUGCAGCACUCCACCAAUCAGGCCUUCAUGGCAGUGUGGUCAGACGGAAGCCACUCCUCAGUAAAAGGCAAAUGACAGCCCGCUUGGAGUUUUCCAAAAGGCACCUAAAGACUCUCAGACUAUGAGAAACAAGAUUUUCUGGUCUGAUGAAACCAAGAUCGAACUCUUUGGCCUAAAUGCCAAGCAUCACGCCUGGAGGAAACCUGGCACCAGCCCUACGUUGAAGCAUUGUGGUGUCAGCAUAAUGCUGUGGGGAUGUUUUGGGACAAGUCUCUCUCUGGAGAGACCUGAAAAUAGCUGUGCAGCAAAGCUCACCAUCCAACCUGACCGAGCUUGAGAGGAUCUGCAGAUAAGAAUGGGAGAAACUCUCCAAAUACAGGUGUGCCAAGUUUGUAGCGUCAUACCCAAGAAGACUCGAGGCUGUAAUUGCUGCCAAACUUGCUUCAACAAAGUACUAAGUAAAAGGUCUGAAUUCUAUGAUAUUCUUGUUUUUAAUAAAUAUGCCAAAUGUUUUAAUUUUUUUUGCUUUGUUGUUAUGGGCUAUUGUGUGUAGAUUGUGGAAAAUGUAAUCCAUUUUAGAAUAAGGCUGUAAUGUAAAAAAAAAUGUGGAAUGCAUCAAGGGGUCUGAAUGCACUGUAUAAUUUCAUAUUUUUUGGAGUGGUGGCAACAAUUUAGCAGCGGCAGCUCGCCUCUGCUAAUGAAUAUAGGUGGAAACACUGGCAAACACUGCAAGCACCUCUUAUAUAGUGUAUAGUCCUGGUUUUCCUUUGGCUCUGUUUAUGCUGACAUAGGUAGUAUGGCUAAGUAGAUACAAAACUUGUAAUUUCCCGGAAAUGCAAUGCAGAUGGUGGAGAGCUUAACAUAGUACUUUUAGACACUGUAAGAUCUUUUUUGACAUUUAAAAUCUAGAAAGUUUCAAUGAGAAUAUUAUGGACUUCAAGGGGUAGUCUUGGUUUAUUUUCUUACAAUAUCCAAAGAUUUCUUUACAUAUUCCUCCCAUCCAUAGUUAUUUCUGUGUUGCCUUAAGAGAUAUAUAUAUAUAUAUAUAUCUGUUGAUUUACUUUUCACUAACAGUGAAACCUGGGUCGUGUUCCUUCGGGCGCUCAGUGGAAAAAACAAAUAUUUGUGUUUAGGGCUUCAUAUGACAAGUCCAGGUCGUCCCUCCCUGUUUCAUUUUGUUUCCUUCUUUUUCUGCCUAAUGAACAUGAUACAGAAAAUAAAUAUUUGAUUUCAAUAAGUCAGUACAUUAUAAAAGAUAAAUGAUGCUUUCCUAUUAACAUUUCUACCUGCAUAACCCCCUUUGCUUCAUUGCACUAUUGACAUCUUAAACUAUGCAAGUAUUUUUUUUUCAAUUCCUUUUUACUAAAUAACCAAAUAUUAUUUACAAAUAGUUUUAAUUGAUGAAUAUGGAAAUUUGUGAUCAGAAGUCACAUGCUAUAUGCGUUUAUAUUAUUAAUAAGAAAAGUUUGAAGCUAAUUGUAAUAUUUUUCCCAAAUGGCAUUUUGCAACCAUUUAUGCUCUUAUGUCUUUAAAUUACAGUAUGACUGUAUUCACUCUAAAACAAAACUGUUUACAUGAGUAGAUUCAUAUCUAUCCUAUGGAGUCUCCAUUUAAUAUAAUUUUUUUGGAUGAUUCUUGAAGUGACAUGUCAAUGGUAAACUUUGUUCAAUGUUUUACAAUAAUAGGCCUUUUUACCAUGUAACAUGCCCAGAGCUGUGUAGAUAGAGAACAUACUGUAUACCUUUCUCCUAUUUGCUAUGCUUGUUAGAAAUGAUAUCUCUAAGCGAGUAUUGUGCAUCCUUUAUUUGUAAUUUGUAAAAUCUUUAUUUGUUAUUUUGAAUUGUAAUUAAAAGCAUUUUGAGA